CCCGGGCGCCCCCGCUGCAGCAGCAGCAAGCGCUCACUCCGUGAACUUCUUCCAGUCUGUCCCGGAGCAGGACCGCGGGAGCUCAGGACCCGGUCCACACGGAGCCCCCCCGGGUCGGUUCCGGAGACAUCUCUAGGGGGCGAAACGCGUCGGACACGCGAGCUGAUUGACGAGGCCCAUCAUGAGAUCCCUCCUCCUGCUGCUUCUGCUGCCGAUGGUGAUGAUGAAGAUGAAGACAUCUGGCAGCAGAAGAGGAACCAGAACCAGACGCUAUGCUAUCAACCCUCUGGGUCACAAGUGGACCCACCACAACGUCACGUACAGGAUCGUCAAGUUUCCCAACACCCUGAAUGUGGAGGACACCAGGAAGGCCAUCGGCAUCGCCUUCACCAAGUGGAGUGACGUGUCACCUUUGACCUUCACCGAGGUCGUUGACAGUAACGCCACCGCUGACAUCUCCAUUGGUUUCUACACCUUUAACCACACUGACUGUUGGUGGUCUCCUCUCCAUCCCUGUUUUGAUGGCCUGAACGGAGAGCUGGCUCAUGCUUUCCUGCCCCCACGAGGAGAAAUCCACUUCGACAACCAUGAGUUCUGGAUCCUUGGCAAGUCCAGGUUCAGCUGGAAACAAGGCGUCUGGCUGAAUGACCUGGUCCAGGUAGCAGCUCAUGAGAUCGGUCACGCUUUGGGUCUUUGGCAUUCAAGAGACCCAGAGGCUCUGAUGCAUCCCAACGCCACCUACACCGGACAACGGAACAUCGCUCAGGACGACGUGUGGGGCAUCCAGAGACUUUACGGAUGUUCAGAUAAGAAGCGAGUCUGUGAUCCAUGGGCCCGACUCGGCUUCUGUGAGAGGAGGAAGACCUUCAUGAGGAAGAACUGUCCCCGUCGCUGUGAUCUCUGCUUUGAGCCCAUGGACCUUGUUGCCACGCCGACAUCACCUCCCGCCAAUGUCAAGAUCAAAAUGGUUCCUCGGGGGAAGGUGGUGGGCUUCCGCUGCGGGACUAAAAAAAAUCCUUCUCCACCAAAAGUCAGCUGGUACAAAGACAGUGAGCAGAUCCUGACCUCCAUUCCUGGCUACAUCGUGAUGAAGAACAGAGACCUGCGUAUCCUCGCCAAUGAGUUCACAGAAGGAACUUACACCUGCCGCGUCCAUCAACGGGGGGACAUCGUAUCGGCCAACUCCUGGGCCAUACGUCUGAAACCAGAACUGCCGUCCAACAGCUGAGGACGUCUGCUGGGACAGAGUUGGGACACUAACUCUGAGAGAACAGGAAGGCUUCGACUGACUUUGGACUACAACAGUAAAUCAUGAGCAAUCUGAUUGGUGCAGAUGUUCAGCUGAUCAGUGAGCUUCUGUUAGAUCAGUGGUCAGGACAGGAUAUCCUAAUCCAUAAAUGAUACCGCCUGAUGGGAUGACAUCAGUCAGAUAGAACAUCCUGAUUGGUUCAGAACAUGUUAUAUGUUUGAGGUCUGAUCCUCAUCUCGUCCACAUCAUGUUCCCCUAAUCCUGGAGGCUCAGAACCAUCCUAUCUUCUCAAAUCUGUCUGGUAACGUCUAAUUUUAGUUAGAGGGAAAGACCAGACACAACCUGGACACUAAUCUGGUCUUCUUCGGCAGAACGUUCAGAUGAGUUCCUCGGAAGUUCCCCAUUUGUCUUUGUGGUCUGAAUCUAUGCAAACAUUUUCCUAUUAGUAUUAAAGGUUGGUACUCCGGUACCUCCAUGAUCAGAACAAACCCACCGGGUUGGGAUUGGUUCACCUGUACAGGUGAAUCAGUUAAGGGUCAGAUGUUCUCCACAUCCAUCCACUUCCUUCAAACUGCUUUUCAUUAUUACGGUUAUUAAUAGUCUGUUUACAUUUAAUCAGAUCUCAGUUCGUUGACAGCUGAGCUGGAGGAAGCAGGUGAAUCAUUCAGUUUCUCUUUAACUGUGAAUGAAUGGAUGGAUGAGGCAUAGACAACCAUCUAAAAAGGUAAUUAGAACAGAUGAUUCGUGGAGAUCCAACACAGAAGUGACCUGAUUAAAUGAAGGAAACUAAA